AUGUCCACAAAGAAACUGUCAAACUUUGGUGCUGUUGCAUCAAUCGUGUCAUCCACUCUUGGAUGUGGAAUCACGCUCAUGAUUGGUGUGUAUCUUUAUUUGGGGAAACACCGUUGCCACUCUUCUGAUGCUUAG